AUGAAGAUCAAAGUUCUAAGUUGGAAUGUACGGGGUCUCAACGAGAUAAGUGGGAGAACCACUGUGGAAUCUCUAAUCCAAAAAUGGAAAGCCGAUAUUGUUUGUCUUCAAGAAACAAAAAUUGAAGAUUGGUCGAUAAGCUGGAUUAGGCAAAUUUGGGGUAACAAUUGGGUGGAAUGGGUUGAACUACAAUCUCCGGGCAGAAGUGGGGGAAUUAUAGUUAUGUGGGACAAAAGGCAAUGGUCAAUUAGGGAGGUUCAGAGAGGAUGUUAUACUAUUUCUUGCAUGCUAGAAAGCACUCAAGAGGAAUUUAGGUGGUGCUUUACAGGUGUGUAUGGUCCCCAUUCCAAUAUUGAAAGGGAAUUAUUAUGGCAUGAAUUGGCUGCAAUAAGAGGUUUGUGGGAUGAACAGUGGGUUAUAGGAGGUGAUCUUAAUGUAUGUAGAUUUGAAAGUGAAAGAUUCAAUUGCACAAGGAGAUGA